CGGGAACGUUCGAGUGUGUUGAUUGUAGGGCACGAUCGAGAGGAAUAAUUAAUCGAAGAAAAUUCUCGAAUCCAAAGUGAAACGAUUGAUCCGUUGAGCGUUAAGUGCCACCUAAAAUAUGGGAGGAUAGCGCAUACCAGGGUGUUUGAUUUGUUUCGUCGAGAAGAAAAUUCUAUUCAAGUUGAUUUGCAUAAAGACACCGGCCGUGCUGAAGUGCUAAAAGUCAUUCAAUCUGGAAAAGGUCCAGCGAGGUACGAACGUUAUGAGUAAAGCUCCAGGUCUGCCGCUGUAUUUGAUCCAUUCGUAUCGGAGGCGCCGCAUUAAGUUUUGCGAUAGUUCUAUUAGUCGCAACAGUAGUGAUCAACGGGACAAUCAGGACCAACUCUUAGUCGUACGGCUCGAGAGUAUCAGGAGCGCAAUUUGAGCAGCCCCGAGGCAGAGAAGAAGCAUUGUUCCGUAAUUUUAAGCAAAAGGCCGCAGGGGAGCUCCUGAUAACGGAAAUGGGAAAGCUCAACGAUGCAAUAAUAUGCUUCAAAGCCAACAUCCUUGAAAGCAGUAUCAUCUGGAAAAAUCCUCGAGUUCCCACAGCAAACCAACAGCACAUCACCGAUCGGAAGCGACGGAAAAGCGGCUGCACUUGCUACAACGCUCCACAUCUUGUCACCUCCGGUGAGACUUCCUGCGGCUGCACUAAAGACGACAACGACGACGACAACGACGACGGCAAAAUGGUAGCCGGGACGAUCAGUAACUUUCACGCCGAGCAGCGCAAUGAUCCGCUGGUGCGGGAACUGCGCCGGGUGCGGGAGCUGAACGCUCAGCGCUACAAGGAAGACUACUCGCAUGUGUUUCGAAAUAAAUCCCGAUGGGACUUCAUCCGGCUGUCGUUCGUCAUCAUGGGCAUCGAGUUUGUGUACUCGGCCGAGACGGCCUUCGUUUCACCGAUUCUGCUGGGAAUCGGCGUAGAACAUCAGCUGAUGACGCUGGUCUGGGCCAUUUCCCCGUUGGUUGGUUUCUUCCUGGCUCCGAUCCUGGGGACGUUGAGUGAUCGCUGCAAGUACAAGUUGGGCCGCAGAAGACCGAUCCUGCUGGGGCUGUCCGUGACGAUGAUGCUAGGUUGCAUCUUGGUUCCGUUCGGGGAAAAUUUCGGUCGAUGGUUCGGUGAUUUGGGGGAAAUUUUCCCGGAAGAGGCGAACAACAUCACCGAGGUGCUGAAUUCUAAUUUGACCGCUUUCCUGCCGUACGAUUUCUACCGGGUGGAUAAGGAAAUCCUGGACCACGAGAUGGACUACAAAUGGGCUAUCUUUAUCACCAUAUUCGGUACGCUGCUGUUGGAUUUCAGUGCCGAUACCUCGCAGACGCCUGCUCGGGCCUACCUGUUGGAUACGUGCGUUCCAGAGGACCACGGUCGCGCCUGCAGCACAUUUUCGAUCAUGGCCGGCAUCGGAGGCAGCUUGGGUUACAUGCUCGGUGGAAUCAACUGGGACGACACGAGUUUCGGCGAUUUUCUCGGAGGCAGCAUCAAAACCGUAUUCACCAUCGUUGGUAUAAUCUUCAUCAUAUGCCUCAUCCUCACGGUGUCCAGCUUCCGUGAAAUCCCGCUCCCGUUGAUGGAAAAGGAUGACUUGCUGCGACCGUUGACCGAGUCUAUCGUCAAGAAGGAACGGGCCAAAAUGGAUGACAAGAUCUUCUACAUCAAGGAUGUGAGUCGGUCCUUUGCGAUGCAGCUGCAGACGAUCGACGAAACGACUCAGCCUCCGGCACCGCAGAUGAUCAACAACGCGCUAGCCGCGGAGACAGAAAAGAAACAAACGGUCGAACCAGCAUGUUCGACGUCGGACUCCGACUUAGACGAUGAAGAGAAAGCGAUGUCUCUGAAGGACUUCCUGAAGAGUAUUGUCAUGAUGCCUAAAUCGAUUGCGAUUCUUUGCUUUACGAAUCUGCUCUGCUGGAUGGGACAUUUAAGCUUCUGUUUAUACUUCACCGACUUUGUCGGCGAGGAGGUGUUCAAGGGAAAUCCGGCAGCUCCGUCGACAUCGGAAUCCUAUCAGCUGUACCUGGAAGGAGUCCGCUAUGGAUGUUUCGGGCUGGCAAUCUACUCGCUGGCCUGCUCGUGCUAUUCGUUUACGAUCGAGAAAUUGAUCAAGGUUCUCCGCGCCCGCAUUGUCUACUGCGGUGGACUGCUAAUCGAUGCCAUCGGGAUGAUUCUAAUGGCCAUUUACCCAAACAAGGUGACAGUAUUCGUGUUCAGUGCUACCGGAGGAAUUGUCUACGCAUUGCUGUUUACUAUGCCUUUCCUGUUGAUUGGACAGUAUCAUGCUAAGGGACAGUUCAAAGCAAAUAAGUCGACGGCAACGGAUAAACCGGAAAAGAAGCGUGGUUUGGCAACCGACAUAGCCGUAGUCGGGGGAAUGAUAUUCGUUGCACAGAUCAUCGUUUCGCUGUGCAUAGGAUCGUUGAUUGAAGCGCUGGGAACGACGGCUGCCGUAAUCUACACGGCCGGUACUUGUAGUUUUCUGGCAGCACUGGCAUCAACGCAGGUCGUCUAUAUGGAUUUGUAAAACCCCUCUCAGGCUGGCCCAGGGCGGCAGUAGCGCAAUCGCAGAAGUUCUCACGACAAGAUCUACUUGAUACGAAAGCAGACCUCCACUGAUAAACGAUAUUUACCUAUAUUUUAAUAAUAUGUUACCUCCAAAUGGAUUGAAUGAUAGAAGCAUUUUACAAUAUCGGUAAUGUUAUGUGAUAUACGUCAACUGUAUUUUAUACGUAUAGGUUUAAGGUCACCCCUCAACGUUAGGUUUCUGAUAUCAAAUAAAUUUAAGAUAGGAAUAAACCUUGA